AUGACUGUUAUGAAAAUCUUGCAGAGAUACCAAGAAGCAUCGGGACAAGUGGUCAAUUUAGAGAAGUCUGAAGCGUCAUAUAGUCGAAAUGUGUGUGAUGUCGUCAAACUUACGAUCCAGAACCGGAUUCAGAUAAAGACUGUGGCGAGACAUUCUAAAUACCUAGGACUUUCGGUUAUUUUUGGUAGGUCAAAGAAGGAGAUUUUUAAGCUUGUUAUUGAGAGGGUAUGGAAGAAGCUCAAAGGGUGGAAAGAGAAGUUUCUGUCGAGAGCCGGAAAAGAGGUGUUAAUCAAAGCGGUUGCUCAAGCCAUACAAAUUAUAUAA